AUGACCGAAGUGACAAUCUCUCGCCGCCGGUCCUCGGCAGCGCCCAGUCCCGCCACGACCGCCUCGUCCAAUGCGCUCGUCCGCACGGUCCUCGCCAAGGACGACCCCGUCGUGACGGCGCCGCUCGUCUCGGCACUGAGCAACGACGUGUCGCUCUUGCGCUUUGCCAACUUUAUCACUCGCGUCGAUGCGGUGCACGACGACGACGACGACGACAAUGACGCGAGUGGGGCGUUCCCGGACGGUCCGACGAGAGCCAAACGCGCGAGCACAGUGGACGUAACGACUCGCCGGAAAGACGAGACACUGGACAACGUGACGCCGGAGCUGCUCACGUCGUACCGCGCGACGAUGUUGCUGACAAAUGACGACACGGCCGAGGCCUUGCUGACGUUUCUCGGGGACAAGAGCAAGCUCCUGACGCGCUGUUUCUUUGCCGUGUUUGACAGUGACGCCCGGGGCAAUUUGCGCCACGCGUGUCGCGUGAUUGACCAGCUCCUGCGCUUCUAUCUGGACGACGUGUACGACGUGCUGGGCAAAGAUGCGUCGACCGUCGAGAGAUACAUGGGCGCGAUGCUGCCGUACUUGGAGUACGCUCCCGUGGCAGAGCUGUUCUUGACCAUCAUCUGCAAACCUCAUAGUGCAGCAGUCAUGAGGUUCUACACGUCGACGCCUCCGAAGAAGUGGGCGUUCUUCCGAGCCUUGGCCGAGUGUAAAGUGCUGCUUGUCUUAGCAACGCAUGUCUGUAGCACUGAGUACGGAGAGACCCAUUCGAUUGGGGCUGCAGACGUCUUCGUAGAGCUGAUCGAUCGUCUUGCGGCGGAUGAGAAUGGGCAGUUGCUUCUGCAGCCAGCUGCGUACUGUUCUGAGCUACUGGAGGGAUUGGUUUCUGCAGCCGUGGAGCCAGACUGCAAGAAGACAGCACCACAAAGGACGGUGGCACAACGCACUGCUGCAAUGAAGUGCGUGUUUCGGCUGCUAAAGAAGAGCAAGCUGGAAAAAGUGCAAGGGCCACCGACGAGUCCGUACCAGUCGUUCGGCGCAACGAUCGUGAAUCUCGUGCCGAAUCAGCUAGGACCUCUUCGUGAAAAGAUUUACCAGCUCGUUGAACAGCACCUGGGCGAAUUACUGAACUACCUCAUUCAGAAGUAUGUGAGUCAGCAGAACAUUGAGAUGCCAGGUGGAGAAUCGAGAAAGCCACUACCAGCAAGUGCAGUUCGCCACACGGCUUAUGUGGUGAAGGUGCCGUUUACGGAAUUGCGUCUCAUGCUUGCUGAGACGCUUGUGGAGAUCAUGGCGCACAACCCGCGCUUGAUGAGUGAACACUUUGACGCUAAUGUUUGGCGCGUGCUGCUCACGUGGUUCUUUGAGUAUUCCCACAACAACCUGUACCAUGCAGCUUUCUACCAGCUUGUGUUUAUAGCGCUACGGACGGACAAUCAGCAGGCACUAGAGGUGCUUGUGAAAAAGCUGAAGCUGGUCACGCUGUUAGUGGAGCACUACCGCGCAGACGGCGAUUCCACGAGCAAUAAGGGCUACAUUCUACGAAUUUGUAACGCUAUUCGCCUACAAGCAGCCUCGCAGUCGCCUGACGCGUUUUUGCGCAACUUCUUGCAGUCGCACACGACAUGGCGUUCCUUUGAGCAGGAGCUGCGUGAGCAUACGACUUUGCUUUGCAUAAAUGGUCUAGGAUUUUCCGUUCCCCAGGGGUACCAGGAUAAUUCGUGGCAAGUACAGAGUGAGGAGCAGGACACCGGAAUAGAUCACGGGUCUAAAUUCGCGCGUUCACUGGGCUUCAUGGACGACGUCGCGUGGCCGGAAGACAAUGCCGUGGAUGGCAGCAAGAAGCGGAAGAAGAAAAAGAAGAGCAAGAAGAAUUCGCGUAAUGGUGUACAAGAAGCCGGUGAGAUAGAUCGCACGGUUGAUGGAGUAACCAGCAAACCCGAGGAUGUUGCUGCGGCAGCAUUGAUAGCGAGCGAGGAGGCCGAGUCAGCUACACAUCGGUAA